GCUACGAGUACAAGUGUACGGUGUCAUCGUACGGCUUCAGUAUAAAGAUGGAAAAUAAAGAGCUGCCCAAAAGAGAAGAGCUGAACACAAGUCAGGAGGAUGAUGGGAACACUCUGGAGUCUCUGCUCAGAAGAAACAGCUCAGAAGUGGAUCCUGAGGCUGCACCAUUGUCCACGGCAACCAGCAGGAGACAAACUGACAGAGUUGACUACAUUUCCAGUAAAAAAUUCACCAGGGAAAGACUCUUCAAAGCUGCAUCUCAGGGGGAUUCAUCUCAACUUACUGGACUCCUGGACUUCCUGAGAGCAAACAACAAACGACUUACAAGCUCAGAGUUUAUAGAUGAAUCAAAUGGGAAAACUGCUCUCCUGAAAGCUCUGCUAAACCUGAAAAAUCAUAAAAAUGACACUAUUGAAGUCUUCCUGGACAUAUCAGAGAAAACCGGAGAUUUGGGACGUUUUAUCAAUGCAGCUUACAAUGACGACUACUAUAGAGGUCAGACAGCUUUGCACAUCGCUAUUGAGAGAAGAAGCUUUGAACAUGUGAAGCUGCUGGUUCAGAAAGGAGCAGAUGUCCAAGCCAAAGCCAAUGGAAAGUUCUUCCAGAACAAUGCAGGACCGGGUUUUUAUUUCGGAGAACUUCCACUGUCAUUGGCUGCCUGCACCAACCAGCCUGAGGUCAUGUCCUUCCUCAUGGACAACCCUUACAAAAGAGCUGAUGUGACCGAUAAAGACUGCCAAGGAAACACCGUCCUGCACGCCUUGGUGAUCUUAGCAGACAACAAAGAAGAAAACACAGACAUGAUUGCAAAAAUGUAUGACAACAUCCUCAUUCAGCACUACAAACUUGAGAAAAAGAUUGAAGUCCAGUUGGAGGAGAUUGAAAAUAAUCAGGGGUUGACUCCUCUGAAGUUGGCCGCCAAGCUUGGCAAGAUCGGGCUGUUCAAGCACAUGCUGCACCGAGAGUUUCCGGACAAAGAGACAAAACCUCUGUCCAGGAAGUUUCUGGAGUGGGUCUAUGGACCAGUUCACUCUUCACUUUAUGACAUGAGCUCCAUCGACACUGAUGAAGAAAACUCUGUGCUGGAGAUAGUCGUCUUUGGCUGUGAAAUUCCGAAUCGCCCUGAGAUGCUUCAGAUCGAGCCUCUUCGCAGUAUUCUCAAAGAUAAGUGGAACAGGUUUGCCUCCACGUUAUUUUGGGUGAAUUUCCUGGUCUACCUGGUUUACCUGACCAUCUUCACCACUGUGGCCACACACAGAAAGGAAGGAAAGCCUCCGUUUCCCAUCGAAGUUCCUCUUGACUACUUGCGCUGCGUCGGUGAAGUCAUCUGCAUCCUCGGAGCCUUGUGGUUUUUAUAUAAAUCGGUGAUUGCAUUCAAGAGAAACCCUCCGAAGUUCAAGACGCUCUACAUUGAUGGAUUCUGCGACAUUCUGUUUUUCAUUCAGGCAGUACUUCUUCUGACCGCUGUCAUCUUAUACUUCUGUGGACUGAGACAAUAUGUUGGACCACUGGUGAUCUCCUUGGCUCUGGCGUGGAUUAAUAUUCUGUACUACGCAAGAGGAACUAAACAACUGGGAAUAUAUAAUGUCAUGGUGCAAAGAAUGAUCCUGGGUGAUAUCUUGCACUUUUUGUUUGUCUACGGUGUCUUUCUUUGUGGAUUUACUGCCGGUAAGAUUUUACAGAUUAGAAAAGAAUAUUUGCCACUGGAAAGUCCUCUCACUCUCUUUUUUUUCUUCUUUGUAGCUGUUCUUGCACUUAUCGAAACCAACCCACCACCUCACGGACGGAGAUUUGAUUCUCAGCCAUUUAUUUGCAAAAAGCCAUCAUAUGAUGACUUUGCGUUUACAACGUUAGAAAUGUUCAAGUUCACCAUCGGAAUGGGAGAUCUGGAGUUUACAGACCACGUCCAGUACAAGGAGGUUUUCUACAUCCUGCUCAUCCUGUACAUCGUCCUCACCUACAUCCUGCUGCUCAACAUGCUCAUAGCUUUAAUGGGAAACACAGUGGAACGUAUCUCCUUACAGACUGAGAACAUCUGGAACCUGCAGAGGUCUCUCACCAUUCUGGACUUGGAGAGCACGCUGCCCAGGUGGCUGGUGGGUAAAAUCUUAUCUGCCAAGUCAACAUCUGGAAAGUCAAAGAUCGUGAGCUUCAAAGACAAACAGGACAGGACUCGUAGAUUUUUACGGGUGGAGGAGAUGAAGUGGACCCAGUGGAGAUCCGACCUCUGUGAAUUCCAGCAGGAAGACCCUGGAGAUAACACGACGAUGACGCAGCCCAAGGACCGGGACCAGGACCGGGACCGGGACCAGGACCGGACCACUGGGAAACUCUGGAACCUCAAUCCUCUGAUAGCAAAAAUCCGAGCUAAACGUCAACAGCCACAGCAUUCCAACGUCCCCUGAAGGCAUCACAGCAUCUGAAGAUGAACAUUUAUACUCAGGGUUUAUUUUAUUUAUUGGUCACAGUGGAAACAAGUGUUUACUGUAAAUUAAUAUAUACUCAAACUUAGAACAGAUCAAAAAUAUAAACACAACACUUUUGUUUUUGCUCCAGUUUCUGAUGGGUUGAGAUUU